GUUUGAGCGAGAUGAGCCGCUAGUUUCACACGAGCUCACGGCUUUGGGCUGCCUUUUGUGGAUAACAAAUACGGAUUCAUGCAAUCCAACUUGUGGAAAAUUAGAGGGAGACAUCUCUCUCGCUUCUCCUCCACAGGUCCCAAGAAAUGAAAAAGGUGCUGUAUUAUCCGAUCCCGCUGUCCAUGCCUUUCCUUCUUCCCUCGUCACUCCUUUACUAUCUCAGAAGCCAUGGUUAUAAACCUUUCCCCCUCUCCUCCCUCUUAUUCCAGUUCCAUCAUUAGAUUAGCCAAUUGUAAGUCCCCUAUCUCAGAACGUUCUUUGAACCUCAAUAUCCACUUUCCAAAACCUCAUUCUUCCCGCUCUUCUAUAUGCUGCUCAUUUGCUUCCCCACACAUUAAUUUCACUUGCAAGAAGCGGUUUUUGUUUGAGAAGAGUAGGUGUACACAUGGAAAUAGGGUGGAUUUCAGAACUUGGGCCAUCCCUGGGUUUGAUUAUGGGAAUUUCGAAGGCCCUCAGUCUGUACUGGAGGCUGCUGCUGUUUUAACAGCGAUUAUUAUUGUUCACGAGAGCGGUCACUUCCUUGCUGCCUGUCUUCAAGGCAUCCAUGUAAGUAAAUUUGCAAUUGGGUUUGGUCCUAUUUUAGCUAAAUUCAAUUCAAAAAAUGUAGAAUACUCUAUUAGAGCUUUUCCUCUUGGUGGUUUUGUGGGGUUUCCUGAUAAUGAUCCAGACAGCAACAUUCCGGUUGAUGAUGAAAAUUUGCUGAAGAACAGGCCAAUAUUGGACAGAGUAAUUGUAGUUUCAGCUGGUGUGAUUGCUAAUACAAUUUUCGCCUUCCUUAUUAUCUUUGCUCAAGUCCUGUCCGUUGGUUUGCCUGUGCAAGAGGUCUUUCCUGGUGUCUCUGUACCUGAGGUUCGACCCUUUUCGGCUGCUUCUCGAGACGGCUUGCUUCCUGGUGAUGUCAUUCUCGAGGUUAAUGGAAACGAUUUGCCUAAACCUGGCCCCAAUUCUGUUACCGAGGUUGUUGACGUCAUCAAGAAGAACCCGAAAAAAUACGUGUUGCUCAAGGUUAACAGGGGAGGACAAAACCUUGAUAUUGGAGUCACGCCAGAUGAAAAUUAUGAUGGAACUGGUAAGAUUGGAGUGCAGUUAUCACCAAAUGUAAAGAUAGAAAAGAUUAUACCGAAAAAUCUGUUGGAAGCUAUAAACUUUUCAGGAAAAGAAUUUUGGGGUCUGGCUUCUAAUGUUCUAGAUGGGUUAAAGCAGACAUUUUUAAACUUCUCACAGACAGCUGGUAAGGUUUCUGGUCCUGUGGCUAUUAUUGCUGUUGGGGCAGAAGUUGCAAGAUCCAACAUUGAUGGUCUCUACCAAUUUGCUGCCAUACUCAAUCUUAACCUAGCUGUUAUAAACCUGCUGCCUUUACCUGCUUUAGAUGGCGGUACAUUGGCUUUGAUACUGAUUGAGGCAGCCAGGGGCGGGAGGAAGCUCCCUCUGGAAGUGGAGCAACGGAUCAUGUCAUCAGGAAUUAUGCUUGUCAUUCUUCUGGGUCUAUUUCUUAUAGUUCGUGAUACGUUAAAUCUUGAUAUCAUCAAAGACAUGUUGUGACUGGUUGGGAGUUUAAUGGUCAGUGGACUUCCAAAAAUGUUUCAUCUGAAGAUGCUAUUGGACUGGUUUGGUAGCCUGUGAUUUAUCGAAAGAGGAGGAAUGAUCUAUUCGGGAUGCCAUAGUGGGUUGUCUGUGUUUCUUAUUCAUUGGUCUAAUCAAGAUCGUCCCUGUGAUACCAUAUAUAAGUUCACAAGUUACGAAUACUGGUUUCGUUUACGAUAUUAGAUUCUUCCCUGCCUGCACUUCUAUACAAUUCAUGAAGUUACUGAUUAGCCAUUUAUUAUUCAGUCUUAGUCCCGUACGUUUUUGUUAGUUGCAGUGUGAUGGAAAUCCUGUCUUUGCAAAUAUGAUCUGAUUUAGUUAUGCUUCUU